GCUUCUAGAAUUGAAAAGUCAAAGGCAAAAGAGAAGAAAGGAAGGAGAGGUCUGAGCUGUGGAUUUGUGGGCUCGAUCUUGGUCCGUGUUUGGGAUUUUGGGUCGGGAUUUCGGGAUCAGUGAUCUGGGAUUUGGGGAGCAGCAGGCGGCAGGAUCGGGGUGUCUCUCUGGCUGCAGUGUCGGGACAUUCUACAUUGGGAUCUAUAGUAUCUCCGGGGCAAGGUGCUGAAUCUGACAGCAGCCCUAAGAAAGUGCAGCUACGCCUAAGGAGCUGUCCAGCUGCACUCCGUCUGCCAGCCUGUGCCCGACACUCCGGGGGUACAGUGAUCACACACCAUGGGCUGCUGUACUGGGCGCUGCACAUUGAUCUUUAUCUGCACUUUACAGAUGUUGGCAGCAUUGGAAAGACAGAUAUUUGACUUUCUUGGAUACCAAUGGGCACCAAUCCUCGGAAAUUUUCUUCACAUAAUCGUUGUAAUAUUAGGAUUAUUUGGUACCAUACAGUACAGACCGCGAUACAUAGUAGUGUAUACAGUGUGGACGGCUUUUUGGGUAGCAUGGAAUGUAUUCAUCAUAUGUUUCUACCUGGAAGUAGGAGGACUUUCUAAAGAGACGGAUCUUAUGACAUUUAAUAUCUCCAUCCAUCGUUCAUGGUGGAGAGAACAUGGGCCUGGUUGCAUAAGAAGGGUAGUGCCUCCCCCAGCCAACAGAGACCUUGGAGACCACUCGUUUAUCUCGGUGACAGGAUGCAUCAUUGAAUUUCAGUUCAUAGAGGUCAUCCACAGUGCUUUUCAAAUACUUCUUUCUCUCAUCGGUUUUGUGUACGCUUGUUAUGUGAUCAGUGUUUUCACAGAUGAAGAGGACAGCUGUCGGCAUAAAUAAAGCUUCAGAUAACCAUCCAAUCCGGUUCUGCAAUAUUUUAAAGAAACGACCAGAGAAGAGAAGGCAACGUGGAUGAAUUGUUACCAGUUUUUCAUAGUCUGUGGGAACAUUUUAUGCAGGAGACUGACUUUGAAUAUGACAACUCUUACUGUCUUUAAUAAGUGAAUUCUGUUUGAAGUAUCAUUUCAGUUCAACGGACAGUGGGAAACACUUGUACAUUUUCUUUCUAUUGUUCUUUUUUAACAUGUAGCAUGAAACAAGUGGAAAUGUGUUUUUGGUAUGGACGGCGGAUGUUUUUUCCUCUACAGACAUACAAAUACAAUGUGAAACAAGAGUGUAUUCAAUUUAAAAUUAUUUCUGAUUUUGACAUGAAGGAAGAUGUAUGCUUCCAGAAUGUAAAACCAUAAAAAAAAUAAAUCUAGUGUACUGUACAAAGCUGCGCAUAGUAUACAUCCAGUUAUCUGUGUGCGGAGUCAAGUGGUGAGUUUUAUUUUUUACACAGGUAUACAUGUUGGCUUUUAAUAAUUUAUCACCUGUGAAAUAUACAUAUCUGUAGAUAAUAAAAUGAUUUCAAAUUCA